GUUUUUUUUAAAGUUAUUCGUCCUUAACUCUUGUUUUGUUUUUGUGUUAAAUUAAUUUAAUUUAUUAAGUUAAAGUGAAAAAAGCAAUAAAAAAGCAUGUAUAUUCAGGAAUUUGACAAUUACUGGAUCUCAGUAUAUCAGCAUAAGGAUCGAUUAAAGGAAAUAAGAAUUACAUUAGCGAUGUCUGAACAUUCAGCAGAACAUCAUAUCCACUUUUGAUCCAUUGAAAGUUCUGGAUUUUGAGUUGGAUCCUUUUUAUGGUGAAUAAUUCAUCAUUUUAGUCUCAGGUUGAAAUGAUCAGAAAAAGGAAAGUUGGAUCUUCUCAAUCAUAUUUAAAGUCAUUAAAAGCUUAAAUCAAUCAAACACACAAAUCUUUCAAAAUGGUUGCUGAAAUUAAAUAUGCCAAAUAGGAAGUAAGGUCCAAGUAUAGUGGAUUCGAUGUUGUCACAAAGUUCAUGCUGAUUACUUGAAAAUGGAUGUGAAGGAAUCAGACAAAUUUGAGGGAAAUGCAACCGUUCGUGCUAAGUCGAGCGAGAAAUAACGAAGCUGAUGUCGUUUGAAGGCGAAAUUAAAGAACAAGACAAAAAGGAAUUUAUGUUUGCAAUGAACAAGUUUGUCCAAUCGAUCGUGAAAUAGAUGAAUUGGUCAUAUAGAAGAGAGCAUCACUCGUCAAACAGAUAUGCGAGACAUUUUCUUAAUAUAUUUUUCAUCAUCUCGCUUCCAUCGGUGUGUUGAACUUCACUUCGUUGCACUUCGUUACGUUCAACUGUUUAUAGAUCACAGUAGGUUUACAGGUUACAGGUGUGUUGAACUUCACUUCGUUGCACUUCGUUACGUUCAACUGUUUAUAGAUCACAGUAGGUUUAUAGGUUACAGGUGUGUUGAACUUCACUUCGUUGCACUUCGUUACGUUCAACUGUUUAUAGAUUACAUUAGGUUUAUAGGUUACAGGUGUGUUGAACUUCACUUCGCUGCACUUCGUUACGUUCAACUGUUUAUAGAUUACAGUAGGUUUAUAGGUUACAGGUGUGUUGAACUUCACUUCGUUGCACUUCGUUACGUUCAACUGUUUAUAGAUUACAUUAGGUUUAUAGGUUACAGGUGUGUUGAACUUCACUUCGCUGCACUUCGUUACGUUCAACUGUUUAUAGAUUACAGUAGGUUUAUAGGUUACAGGUGUGUUGAACUUCACUUCGCUGCACUUCGUUACGUUCAACUGUUUAUAGAUUACAGUAGGUUUAUAGGUUACAGGUGUGUUGAACUUCACUUCGUUGCACUUCGUUACGUUCAACUGUUUAUAGAUUACAGUAGGUUUAUAGGUUACAGGUGUGUUGAACUUCACUUCGUUGCACUUCGUUACGUUCAACUGUUUAUAGAUUACAGUAGGUUCAUAGGUUACAGGUGUGUUGAACUUCACUUCUUUGCACUUCGUUACGUUCAACUGUUUAUAGAUCACAGUAGGUUUAUAGGUUACAGGUGUGUUGAACUUCACUUCGUUGCACUUCGUUACGUUCAACUGUUUAUAGAUUACAUUAGGUUUAUAGGUUACAGAUCUGCUGUAUUUAUUUGGAUGCAACUCACAUUUUUCACAUUUCUGGCUACAAUUCUUGUGACGGAAGUCUUACAAUAUGCAUUAAUUGCUAGUCUUGCAAUUGAAUUUAAGAUUCUAGCUUACAAAUUUGAGAAUUUGAAAGAUGAAGUUGCUGCAAGAAAGAAGCUUCUCAAAUCAGUUCUAAAGAAGACUUCAUCUAGUUCAGCUCCAUCAACAUCAAAUUGGAAUAAAGAAAUGAGCAGCCAUACUCAUUUCACCAUAGAUGAUUUAAAACCUUUGAUAGACAAGCACGCUGAGCUAUUUAAAAUUCACAAGAAUUUGAAGAAUAUCCUCAACAUCCCAUUUUUGAUGACAUUUAUCCAGUCAUCAAUUUUGUUAUCUUUCAUGGCUGUUCGCAUCACAUAUGGCGGCAACGAUCGAGGAUUCUUCAUUUCAGGACUGAUUCGAAAUUUUAGAAACAUUUAUUUUCAAUGUCACUAUUGUCAGGUCUUAAAGGAUUCAAGUAGCAGCAUAGCAGAAGCAAUUAAUCGUUGUGGAUGGGAAAAUAUUAAUGAUAAAGCAGUAAAAUUGGCAUUGAUGAUGAUUAUUAAAAGAUCACAAGUGCCAGCUAGUUUUUUUGUUAUGAAUAUUUCAGAAAUUACUUUGGAGCAAUUAACAGCAAUCAUAUUGUCAACUUAUUCUUAUUACACUAUUUGUUUGAAUCUUUAUGAUAGGAAAUGA